AUGGCAAGUCGCCUCUUGAUGCUGCUGGCCCGCUGUAGCCCCCCAGUCAGGACGAGGGAGGGAGCAAGGCAGGGUCCGCGCGGCAAGGCUUCUGGUGCUCGACGUAAGCUCGCUGGACCGGCGGUACUCUCAUGAAACGUCGAGGUCCGGGGUGGGGUGGGAGACACAGCGGGAGAGCCGUUUCCAGAGCAGUGUGGGGCAACCCAAGUCCUCCCAAGGCUGGCCGUAGUUGCGAUCGCGGUGAAGGCGCCGCUGAGCAUGGGCAGAGCGCUUUGCCUUCCUCCUAAGCACCGCCAAGCAGCUGGCAUGGCGUCGAGGGUCUGCUUGAGCUUCGUUGAGAGCGCGGCAGGCAGGCGGUGCAGUCGCUGGCCUCUCCGAAACGGAGACUGGCGGUCUCGGGGCUGCGUCCAGAAACACGCUCUGACAUCAGUGCAGGUGGCGGAGAGACCACCCCCCAGCUCGCCCCUGCUCGCUCGCUCUCCCUCCCUCCGUCUGUCUGCCAGCGCCGCCUCCCCGGCUCCGCGCAGCUCGCCCCCCCCGCAUCCCUCCCUCUUUCUCAGCCGAGCCCAGCCAUGCCCGAGCCCGUGGCACGCCCAGCCCCAGCCAGCCACGAGGGGACGCGGGCUUGAUCGCAGCAGCGCCCGAAGGAAAGGAGCCACCCUAACCCAGCCUGCCAUCCUCGCGCGCCGCCCUCGCCCUGCGACCGCCGCCUUCGUCGUCGCAGCGGCCCCCCUGCAGCCCAGUCUCGUCUCGCCCCGCCAGACGCCCGAGAGCCGCCUUCGCCCUCGCGCCGCCUGCCCGGUAAGCGGGGCCCCCGACGGGAAGGUAGCCACGUAGCGCAGGCUUUUGGCCCCCGCUCCAGGAGACACCGGCCCGGCCGACGGCUGCCUGAUGGGCUCCGUCGUCGCGAGCGUCGAAGACCCUCCCCGCCCAGCUCAGCCGGGCUGCUUCCAGGCGCCGCGGGAGACGUGACCGGGGAGCAAAUGCCUCCCCCGGUGCCCCGCCCGAAUUGUCCUCCCCUCGCACUCGACGGGUCUCUGCCCCGAGGAGCCGGGCGGGUCCCGCUCGAGCCUUCUGGCCGUCGGCAGCCCUUCCAAAUGCACACCAGCUCCCUCCCGUUCCUGGGCAUAGCACCCCCGGGGCCUUCCCACUCACGGACACCCCCCCACCCCCAGUCCGCCCAGGCCAAAACUGUCCUGAGUGAACAAGCAUCCGAUCCGAGGCGGCAUGUGCCCCUAAAUAUGUUGCCCCCUUGUCACCCCUUGGGAUUCUGGGGACCAAAUCUGUAAAAUAAAUAAAAGAGACAGAGAGAGGGAAUAACCAGGAGCGAGCCUCUGAGCAUCCGCAGAGUGUCUCCCUCCAGACCAGCAUUAACUGCAGUCCAACACUUUGGGCGCGGGAGAGAGACGGGCCAAGAGGGCGGCUUCUUGGGCAAGACUCUGCUCUGGCGCCCGGGCAUCGCUCACACCCACCCUGCGCCCUCCUGCUGCGUGGUGGGGCUUGCGAUGCCAGCUUUGGGUGCUCAGCGGGAGUUCCCGGGAGCUCAGUGUCAUCGUCACCCUACCUUUGCCAGGCGCUCCCUCCCGCCUCCCCAGCUGCAUCUCCCUCUCCUCCCCCCCCCUUCAACGCCCCACUUGUUGGCACCGCUGUGGCUCUUCUUGCACAUGCCCCGCAGUCUGUCUGUCUUGCAAAUCCGUCCAUUGCGCGGCUGUGAUUGGCCUUGCUGUUGCCGUGCCAACCACCUGCUAGCACGGCUCUUCUUUCCGUGGGUUGCCUAGUUACCAGUUAUCUCCCCACAUAAGUCUGGGAGGAUAUUUUGCCUUGACUAGUCUCUUCCCCGCCCCCCGCCCGGGCCAACCUCUACAUUCUCCCCGCUCCCUCCCUGCUCGUGGAUGGAAUCCCAUCUGACAGCCUGCAAUUUCGCGCAUUGUCCGCCUCCGCCCCUCCCCCAUCUAUGCUGCCCCCCCCCGAGUAAGCCGCUCAGCCGUGCGCCUGGAUUCAUCCGGCCACGACGACCGCCCGCCCCCCCCCAGCCCCUCUCUCCUCAUUCUUUUCUCUGGUAAACACAAAUCCAGACUUGCAUUCCCCUUUGCGAGGCGACUUUUCUUGACUGUGGGAUGAUUCGGGCGGUUGGAAGGGGAUUUAACGUGAACUACAGGAAGCCAUUAUGGUCGGGGGUGGGCGGGAGUGGGGGGGUAGACGGAGGAGAAACCUUGUUUAUCUAGAACAACAUGAGAAGAGAAACGAUGGAGGUGGAGGAGGGAGGUGUUUCAUGCUUUUUUGGGGGCGGGGGGAGCGUCCCUCUGCAAAAUAAAGGCAUAAUUUUGCAGGAGGGAGGGAUCUGUGGGAGGAGGGCCGAGGGAGGGGCGGCCGAUCUGGUUUUUGCAACAUGAAGAAAUGUUUUCAAAGUGGUUCGAGACUUCCACGCAAUUCCCUCCCUGUGCGCAUGCGCCCCCCGGGCAGCCCCUCCUUGGCAUCAUCUGGCCUCCAUCAUCUGGUGGAGGGAGGGGGCUCAGCUUUCUCUCCUAGCUUUUGAAAACAAAAACCAGCUGAAUGAAGAGAGAGAGAGCGAUGGAAGGGGGCGGGCUGCAAUAAAAGGCAGAGUUAAAAGCUGUGGGGUGGGGGAGGCCAGGUGGAUGCCUGCCUGCCUGCCUGAGAUAAUGCCAUUGCAAUGGAGACACAGCUGAGCUCUGGCCGGGGUGGGCUUUAGCUGCUGGGGGAGCCACUCUCUGGAGAUGCCCCGAAAGAGCCCCUGAGAGAGUUGUGGUUGCCACCAUUUUGUGGAGAAGAGGGAGGCUUGUCUUCUUUCUGGGGCUCACGUUGCAAUUAAGCAAUUAAUUGACUGGGUGAAAUGUAUGAUAGUGUGAUAGGAAUUUUAUGGUCUUAGAUAUAUGGUAAUAUACAUAACCGCACAUACAUAGAUCAGCACAGGAAGGCCAAACCUGGAACCAUUUUGAUCUUUAAAAGAUGUGAGGCCUUGAAAUCAGAAGUGCUGAUUUUCUAAAAUCUGUAUCCUAAUAAUUACCAUAUUUUUCCAUGUAUAAGACACCCCAUGUAUAAGAUGCCCCCUAUUUUGGGGGACUCCAAAUUCAGAAAACACCCCUCAGCACUACCUGUGUGUAAGGCAAGCCCCAAUUUUAAACCAAUUUUUUGGUAAAAAACCCUAGUCUUAUACACGGAAAAAUAUGGUAUGUCUGUGCUGGCUUGCGUGUGGGCAUAAUGCGAAGGAAUAAGUUCCUGGAGGACACAGCUAUCAAUGGCUUCUAGACAUGGUGUCUGUGCUCUGUCUUCCAUGGUCAGAGGCAGUAAUUCUUCUACCAGUUACUGGAAACUGCAGGAGGGGAAAGUGUUCUAGUGGUUGUGUCCUGUUUGCCUGCUUCCCUGAAGUAGUCAACCUGGUUGACUACUUUGAGAAGAGGAUAGUAGACUAGAUGGACCUGAUCCAGCCAGCUCUUCUGGCGUAGACGCAGAACUACUGCACUCUAGCUUCAAUUUACUGGAAUACACAUCUGAGAUUUUUGGGCAUGCUCAGUUGAAAGUGUUAUAAGCCAUUUUGACUCUUUCAGUGACCUCAAAUAUUCCCCUGCAGUUUGAAUGGAAAUGGGAAAAGCCUCCCCAUUGUCUCUGCCCUCACAAAUCCUGCCUUAAGGGCACAUUUGGUUGUGAGUAGGGUGAGCCUGUGACCUGGACCCAGGAAUUAAGUGUUUAUCAUCACAAAAGAAUGUCCAGGUAAAGCCAGGCUGUCCAGGUAAAGCCAUUAACAGGUUUCUUGCCAGACAGGAUUCUGCUGUAGACCGCCCCUUCUGUGAUGUUGAAAUAAAUUUUAAAAAUUAAAAAAUUGUCCAGUAGCACCCUAGAGACCAACUAAGUAUAUAUGGGGGCAGUGGUCUUGAGCUAAAGGUAAAGGGACCCCUGACCAUUAAGUCCAGUUGUGACCGACUCUGGGGUUGCGGCACUCAUCUUUCUUUAUUGGCCAAGGGAGCUGGCGUACAGCUUCUGGGUCAUGUGGCCAGCAUGACUAAGCUGCUUCUGGCGAACCAGAGCAGCACAUGGAAACACCGUUUACCUUCCCGCCAUUGCUGUACCUAUUUAUCUACUUGCACUUUGACGUGCUUUCGAACUGCUAGGUUGGCAGAAGCAGGGACUGAGCAACAGGAGCUCACCCUGUCACGGGGAUUCGAACUGCCAACCUUCUGAUCAGCAAGUCCUAGGCUCUGUGGUUUAACCCACAGCGCCGCCCGCGUCCCACCCGCGUCUUGAGCUACAGGGUGGCAAUUUCAAAAGUCUAUAUAAGGGCUUUCACACCACUGUUCUGGGUUCCUCCUCCCUCCUGUGUGUGGGAGUGAGCACCCUGUUGAAAAAAAAUGGGAAAGCUGACUUGAGGGACAGUACACUAUCUGAGAUGACAGAUGGGGAGAUGAGAAGAUGGACAGGGCCAACCAGCAGUGAUCCAGCUCUGUAUUUCAUUUAUUUAUAUUCCACCUUUCUGCCAUGGAGCUCAAAGGAUCACUUGUGGGGCUCCCAGGAGGUCCCUCACCCAGGCACAAACCUGCCUUAGAUCUGCUUAGCUUCAGCAAGGUUGUUCCAUCACGUGCCUUCAGGCCACAUCCCAAUUUUGGGAAACAGGAAAGAAAAACUUUCAGAGCAGCUCUUAGGAGGAGACAUUAAACACACGACACAAGAGCCCAGAAAGUGUGUUGGAAGCGAGCUUGAGCUGGCAGGGUACAAAAACUGAUUUAAAUCAAGUUUUCUAUUCCUAGUUCCUAGUUCAGACACUUCAUAACCAAAAUGUUAGAUGCUGACUGCUUGAUACAAUCACUAAAACAAGCUGACUUUGAAUUAAAUGAAAUCCUUACACUGCUUAUGGAAAAAAAUAUGGAAUAUAUGAAAACAGUUUUACCAUUUUCGAAACAGAAUGUGAUACAUUGCUUACAGCCAAACUGUAGUCUCCACUUCAGCAGAUAGAUGCGUGAAGCAUAAUCCUCAGGUACAGGAAUAUACACAACUGGAGGGUGGGGGCCAGAGGAAAUGUAAUGCAAAAUGUACUUAAUAGCCAUUCAUUUAUAACUUGCAGGAAUGCAAAAUAAGUACAGUGAUCCUUGACCACAGCUGUGAUACGUGAUAAAAUAAUCACCUUGAGAAUGCAGAGUUAAUUUACGAUUUAGUUGUCUGUCCCCAUAUUCAGCUGAAGAAUACCACUUCAUGUUUCCAAUAAAGUGGACUUUAGUCUCUGAAAGCCUAUGCAUAAUAACAUUUGUGAGUCUUUAAGAACCGGUGCUCUUCAGGUGUCGCUGGACUACAGACCCACUAUCCUUCCUUGACCAUUGACCAUGCUGUCUGAGGCUGAUGGAAGUUGGAGUCCAAACAACAUCUGGAGACCAGCCGCAGAUGUUCCCUGCCCCUGCUUUAAGAUGCUUUGGACUUGUCCACAUUGGAGCAUAAUUUUGCUGUUAAUCUGCUUUCCCCCGUUCUAAUUAGACUGAAGUAGUUCACACCCACAUGCAUUUGGAUUUGUACAUGAGAAGCAACUUCAGUCCACACCAGCAGGUGUUCCCUUCUGUGUUUGUCCUUGCCUUCUAAUUUGUUGACUCUGUUAUGCUAGUUAAGUACUGACAGGGCAUGUGCACAGGUAGCAGACCUGCGUACCUACCCCACCACCACAAGAAGUGUGCAAAAGUAUAUGGUCAGGCAGUUGUAAAUUUGCUUGUGUACUUUUCUUGUUUUGUGCAGAUAAGAAUAAACACACGUACAUACAAAGUCAGGAGCAGGUUAGCAAUGUGUCAGUGAAGUUAACUCUUUACUCAAAGAAAGAGUUACAGUACAGUACAGCAGAAAACAGUACAGGCCUAGUGAUCACAGCAACUCUUCCCAGUAGGUCUUGGCAGGGGCAUAGAAAGGGUGUCCUCACUGAGGGGGGUGACAUUUGGCGUGCCACCUGCCUGCGACUCCCAAGCCUACCCCAAGCUGUUGGAGUAAGGGUGGGAUCUGUACUGCUUUGCCGGUGGCAGUCCUUCCUUCCCCCUUCAUUUUGACAGCUUGGGGGAGGCUUAGGAGUCGCAGGUGGGCGGUGUGCCGAAUGUCCACCAUGGGAGGCUUGCUCCGCCCCCAGCUGCAGGGCGCGCACGCUGCUCCAGGCACCUGAGCGGCUAUCCCGCACCUGGGAGGGCACCUUCUGCGCUGCGCCCCCCUCUGGACCACGCCCACCCUGGGCAUAUGCUCCUCCACUGGGUCUUAACCCUAUGAGGUAAUUGUGAGGUCCUCUUAUUUCCACUGCUCCCUAAGAGUCCUUUUCCUUCGGGUCCUUCCCAAGCAAUCUCAGGCUCCUUCAUCUAGUCUCUCGUUGCUCUGCCUCUUCAUUCCUCUACAUUUUCUGGGAGACCAGGGAGGAGGGGAGUUGGUCACAACAGGAGGGAGAGACUUCCUGGAUUCUUCAGCAGCCUGCCUCACCUCUGUCUCCUGGCCCCCAUUCCUCUCCUGCCUUUGAAUCUGGACUGCUUUUUGCCCCAGCCUCUUCCUGCUCACUAAGCCCCAUUACCUCUUCAGCUUUCAGCGCUUCCUCCUCCCAGUCUUCUCCCUCUGACCACUCAUCAUUGUCCCACCACCAAUCCCCUGGCUCUGAGCUUUUUCCCCCUGGGGAUCCCCUUGGGGGUUUCCAAGUUGGUGCCUCCCUCCAUUCCUCUGCAUCCAGCCAGUCCAUCACAAACAAACAAACAAACAGACAGACAGACAAACAAACAAACAAACAAACAAACAAACAAACAAACAGGCUAAGCUCUCGCCUGGUCUUACUAGCAUGCUGGAAAAGAAAUGAAAGCAAUUAUAUAUAUAUUUUUCAGAUUGCUGCCCAAUAUAUAUAUAGUGUAGAAUUUUUGAAUGUGGUUUGCUUGUACAGUUUUCUGUUUUUGUGCAAAUCUGAGGGAUAAAAAACAACCACCACCCCUCUCUUUAAGAGUACACCACACCGUAAAUAGUUAAAAGUACAGCCAGAAAAGAAAUGAAAGUGUUGUGGGAGUGGUAGGCAUGGAAAAGGGAGCAGCAGAAAAUGACAAUUGAUCCAUCCACCCCAAAACACUGAAGCAAAUCAUCUGCGACCCUGAGUGGAACAGUUUGGAGCAUGAUUUUCUCCAAUUUAUCUGAUUAUCCUCAUAUUGGGUAAACUUGAAUUUACAGCAGGAAAACAUCAAGGUUGGUGUGGUUUGAGGGUAACAUCAUGUCGACUACACAAAUUAAAUGGGAAUUCAAACACACAGUAAAUUGUGGUGCAGACAAGCCCUUUAAUGUUCUUGCUGCAACAGCAAACCCUCUGUAAAUUAUCAGAAUAAUGUCAAUGUACAUCUGCAUAUACUGUCUUGUUUGGCUCCAAUUUGUGCCAUGAUCUAAUUAGAUGGCAAUUAGAUGUUAAAUGCAUAAAACCUGUCUUUUAUUUUGAACAUUGAUUUUUGAGUGAAGAUGAAUACAUCAAGGAAGACAAUUUAUUUAUAGACUCAAAUAUCCAGAACUGCCUAGAAGUAAAGGCUAGAAUUUAUUGGGCUGAGAGUGGGUUUGGUUGGUAGGCAAAGUUAUAAACAUAUAUUUUGAGAAAUGAGAAAAUUGCAGCAAUCAAGAAGCUAAUGGGUAUCAAAUGGAUCUCCUAACUGAGCUCAGACAAUUAUCCUGGUGAGGAUUAUCUUAAUCUACAGGAUAGCAUCUCCUGGAGCUAGGGACCAGAUCCCAGAACUUGCAAUGAUUUGGGAGCUUCUGGUCCACAGUAACGUAAGUUGAACAUUAUUCAUCUUGCAGUGUUCAUAACGCUUGACCUUCAGAGGCUGAGAUGUUUGCUUCUUUCCCCUGGUGCUUUCCUUACCUUGAACAGAAGGUCUUUUGAAUUUCAUAUGCUUGACUGAAAACAGAACCCAUGGCUUCUGCUUUCAGGAAUUCUAAGAGAAUAUGGUAUGCUUUCUUAUGUCCGUUCCCCCAAUCUCAAACCUGGGGACCAGAAUCUCCCACAAUCAUAGAUGCAUCAAAACAAUAACAAAAUAGAGAUGCUUCUCUGCUCCUGUCCCCCAAAGUGAAAAAUGUCACCCACUGCCUGAAAUGGUGAGUGGUCUUACAAUGACUCCAAACUUCACCCUCACCACCAACCACAGUUAAUCACAAACCGGGUGGCACUGAUGGGAUGGGGGAACUGUAAGUGUUAAGACGUUUCCCCUGCCCAUAUCUUUUUGCUGCCUCGGCACCUCUGUCUGCUACAAAAAUUACAACAGAGAAGCCAAAUCAAGGCCUUUUGAAGACGUCUUAACAAACCUAUGGAGAGAUGACAGGGGCUCACAAGCACUUCCUGCAGGAGGGUGUUCCACAAUGUUGGGGCUUUAACUAAAAAGGCCCUGCUGCUUGCAGAGGCAAAUGUGGCUUCUGUGCAUAGUGAAAUCGGAAGCAUCGUUUUUUGUCUGUAGGACUUACCAUGCAAUCCGAUUACUCGGAAGCAAGUCCCCCUGUGUUUAACAGGGCUUGCUCCUUAUAAGUUCAGGAAUGCAGUCGUCAUUCUGGGGAAGUUUGUGUGGUAGGAGGCAGCUAGUGAUGUUCUCCCUGAUAUCUGGAUCCUCAUCCAAGGCUGUUAAUGUCUCAAGUGUCAAAAACAGCCCCUGGAACUGAGCCCAGAAACGAAUGAAUAGCUGGUGCAGCUGCUUUAAAAUAAAAGAGGUGGUUCAACUGGGACCUCCCAUGAAUUGUGAAGUGUUUCAGUUCAGUGUGUCAGCCAGCCAGCCACCCCCCUUUCAAGGAGCUCCAUUCCACUCCCCCACCCCCUGCCUUGGCCCCAAGAGACAUUCUUUGUCCACCACUGACCAUGUUCAGUCCUCACUAUUUGUUGUUGUGGAGGCGGGUUGCUCCUUUGGUCGUUUUUCCUAAAGAUUUUUUUGUACCUCUGUAAUCAUUUGGGGUUUACACCCUUUGGCUAUGGUCCUGUUGGUGCUCAGUAGCUGAGCUUUGCAUGAGAGGGAGAGACAACUACACUGACUCAAGCCUGUCAACAGGCAAGCAGCAACAUUUUGUGCUAGCUGGAGCUUUUGUUUACAAAGGCAGACUCACAUAUUUAGAUAAUCAGGCGGAGGAAAAAACCAUAAUAUUAAGGAACGUCCUCUCUGCUCAAGCAAGCAAGAGAAUCUUCUAGGCUCCAGGGCUGUUGCUAGGCCCUUAAAAGACUUGAGGCACAAGCCUGUGAUUAAAAUCUGCAUGAAAUCUGCAUAUGCUAAUUUGCAUGUCUACAUGUAAAUUAGGUCAGCUUUCAGAGAGCACCCAAUGUAAGCAAGGUCAAAUGAUUUUUAAAGCUUAAAAAGUGGGGUGAGCCCGGCAUGGCUCCCCUUUAUCACACACACAGCCCAACCAGACAAUGACAAAAAUCCACCAACAGCAUAUAAAUCAAUAUGGCUAACCUGAUCCAAAACACUCACCCACCCCACUCACACAUGAAAACAAAGACCACCACAGCCAACCACAAAUGAACAACCACACCCUAGGCCAACCCCAACCUCUCUCACUGCCAAAGGAAUACAAGUGAACAGUAAAGAACCUACACAAGCAACGCUGACACAAAACCUCACAUAUAUUAAGUAAAAUAGAAACAUCGUUACCCGACCCCCCCAUCCUCCCCCCCACCUCUUUCCCCCUUUUCUUCCUAAUGUCUCAACAAAUGAAACUGAUUUGUAAAAAAUGUUACAUGGGGGGGGGGACCGAGAGAGAGACAUUGCACAUACUUUUGUAAAUCAAGAAAAUAUUUAAUAAAAAUACAUUUUUUAAAAAGUAGGGUGAGGAUGGGGUAGGAGAUCUGUGGAAUGGUGCAAAAGACCCAGGGCUCCACCCACCCUCCGAUGAAGGGCCACCCGUUUAAGAAUACUCCUGUGUGCUUUCUUCCGAGGUUGUUUUCCCCACAAAGGCAGCUAAGCCUUGCAAAAGUCACAUCUAAGAUACUUAGUGGUGGGUAAUGGGCCAAGCUAUGCUUUUGGGGGCCUGCCACAUUCUGUCUUGCGAUGUCCACUUCAGUCUGAUGAGCUGAACCCCCUCCAUGACCAGGAGAAGCAUCUCCAAAUGGACCUGGCAAUUGUUCCAGGAUAGGUUAGGACAUGAUCCCUUAGGCUAGUGGGAGGGAAGGAGGCGUGGGUGGCCUGUCCCAUCUCACCACCUGAGGCAAAAUGAGAUGGUGCCUCCUGAUUUUGCGGGACUCUUGAAGCUACCACAGCUGCUACUCUUCGCUUCUCCAGAGAUGGUGGGAGGUUGCUCCCACGGAGGUGCCCCUUGGAUUCUACCACCUGAGGCAGCAGCCUCAGUCUGUCUCAUGGACAGGCUGAUCCUGGGAGGAGGAGCCUGAGGGUCUUGACAGGUGGGAACAGGGGGCUUUCUACAGCCUUCAAGCCUGUCAAGUCAAAACUGGGAUGGCAAAAUGCUCCCUAAAAGCCAGCAUCCAAUAUUUUAGAGCCAAUCCUUCUGUGCAGAACAGACAAUAAACCAGCACUGAUGUUUCUGGUGGUGCCUGUGACUUUUCCACUCUGAAUUAUCAUCCAAGGUGUUUUGUUCUUAUUUCUUCCUUGUGGCACUAAAAAAAGGUAAAAAAGGUAAAGGACCCCUGGACGGUUAAGUCCAGUGAAAGGCGACUAUGGGGUUGUGGCGCUCAUCUCGCUUUCAGGCUGAGGGAACCGGCGUUUGUCCACAGACAGCUUUCCAGGUCAUGUGGCCAGCAUGACUAAACCGCUUCUGGUGCAAUGGAACACGGUGACGGAAAUCAGAGUGCACGGAAAUGCAGUUUACCUUCCUGCCACAGUGGUACCUCUUUAUCUACUUGCAUUGGCGUGCUUUCGAAUUGCCAGGUUGGCAGGAGCUGGGACAGAGCAACAGGAGCUCACUCCGCUGCAGGGAUUCGAACCACCAACCUUCCAAUCAGCAAGCCCAAGAGGCUCAGUGGUUUAGACCACAGCACCACCCACACCUUAUUGCAAACCACUGCUGCUCCUUUUCUUUAUGGCAUUUGCACUGGUGGUUGGGGUGUCGUGCUUUCCCCCACCCCACUGCUCCUGCAGCCAGGCUUGACCACAAGCCAAGGGGUCUCUUUCUCUCUCUUUCUCACUCCACCUGCCAGGAACGCAUUCAUGUGGCGGGAAGCACUUGUCAGGCACAGUGCAGGCCGGGUUCAGAAUCUCUGGAGCAGAAGACUGAAAAAACCUCCCUCACACUAGAAGCCUGAUUGAUGUUGAAGCAAAGUGACAUCCCUGCCUGUGUUCACACAUGCACCCCCCUUUCCCCCUUGAGGCAGCUGAGCUGUGCAGGCAAGACUCAAGGGCAGUACCAUGAUUUUAACCAGGUUUGAUCUUUGGUAGAUGCCUCCAGGCCCCUUAACAAGAACAGGAAGCUGUGAUGUUAGCAGGGGCUGGGUGGCUUCGGGAAGACGAUGGGCAACAUUGACAUUCUCUCCUUUGCUGAGCUGCAGAGAUGAAUUUCCACUCUUCUUAGGGUGCAGAAAAUGCAGGGUUUGGGCUCUGCCUGUUUUAAGGGGCGGAUGAAGAAAAGGGUGCAAUGUGCUUGAGGCAGAGAAACUCUUCUCUAAAGGGGUUGGUUUGGGGGAGAUCUGUGACUGAUGAACUGCCAAGAGUCUGUCUGUUCCUUGGGGAUGGGUGUUGGAGUUUGUAUUUGGGGAAAGCUGGCCCCUUGCCACCUGGAUGCUUCUUUUUAACCAGGGUUCACAUCAUCUGUGAACAGAGAGCUGGCCUCCAUUUUUGCCUUGCCUUCUUCUACACCCUGAAAAAUCAGAUAGGAAGGAAAAGUGACGCCUACAGCCAAUGAGUCAACAACAAAUCCUGAAGUUGGGUGGUCCAGAUUGGUUUAGGAGGGAGGAGGGGAGGCAGGCAGGCAAACUGAGAGUGGGGGCGGGGAGUGUAUCUGUGUGACUAGGCAGCAGAACUUGCCAAAACCAUCAUGAAAAGCUACAGACUGAGGUGCAGGAUUGGCUUUGCUGCCUCAGCUGUGCACCGGGGAUAACUUAAAAGCAAAAGGGAAAGGUGAAUGUUUAUGCAGUCCUAAAAGUCCAUUUUCUGAUGCACGUUUUAAAGAAGAAUGAGAUGAGAUGAAUGUCCUCAUUUAUCUGAUAAAAUCCCUCCCUUCCGAUUAAAAUCCAACGCUAGGUAUGUUGCCCUCUAGCCUGGUGGGCGGAUUUUGUGUGUGGCUGAAAUAUAUGAUUAUAGCCGAGUAAACAGAAUGAAGAGCCCAUUUUCAAAGGAUGGAGUCCAUGGUGUUCUGACUGAGCUGCCCUGCACUCUCAAAAGGACUGAGGCUGCUAUUUACACUCACCUUUAUGCUGAGGUCCCUGAAUGGGAGCAGGUGCUCACCUUGGACUCAGGUGUGUGCACUUGUGUAUGUGCAGUAUUGGUGUGUAGCAGUCAUGCAUGGUCAAGUGUGGGGGUGGGCAACCUCAGACCUUGUGCAAUGCCAUAAGGCAGACUGAAGGGACUUCCUCAGUUGGGGAUUUUGGAGGGUGGCCCCCAGCUGUUCCCCUUUCAUCUCCCCAUCACCACCACCAUUCUGGUCUGUUGCCACAUGGCCUACCUGGCCUCCCUUUUUCAGCCUUUUGUGAGGGUGAGGAGCAGUGGAGGACGACACCCCUUCACUAAUUACCAGUCCAGAUGGCUUCUUGACCAGGGAAAGACGUCAUCUUGUUUUGGGCUGGCCCUGUGUGUUCUUCAGUUCCCCACCCACCUUGGCCUCCUCUCUCUUGGUGUGAGUAACCCAGCAGUGCAGCUUCCAGUGCUGCUCACCAGUAGAUGCUUAUCAAAGGUCUUUGCUUUACUGCUUUGGUGCAUUUUUGCAAACUUUCGCUGAGUUUUUGCUUUGUGGUUGAGCAAGCAGCUGCCUGAUUAGCACAUGAAAUCCAUGCUCGGGUACUAAAGCGUGCAUGGAUAUAUUUGCAUAUGUAAAUUCCCUAAAUGUGAAAAGCCUGUGUUAAGUUUUGUAUUCCAUUAAUCUCUUUCUUCGCAUGAAUGAUGGAGCUAUUGGUCAGCAAAACAAAAGCAUCCCAAAUAUUUCUCCAGCUGGAUUACAUGCAUCAGCUGCAGGAGGAGGCGGCAGCGGCAGCAGCCAUACUGUUGUCUUUGCUUGCUGUGUGCCAGAUCCUGCCAUGGGGCUGGGGUGGCAUGUGGAGGCUGGCAGUCCUUUCCUUGACAUCUGUGGCUGGCACAACAAAGCCGUGGCUGGUGCCCCACCCCAACCCUCUUCUCUACUGCAGGAGGGUCCUUGCAUGUGGGAGAGGAAAUGGCUUAUGUGGAAGGCUGCCCUUUCUGUAGCACGCUGGGUGGAGGAAGCUGGAAGCAAGUCCCUUGGCAUGGGGAACUUUCUGAGACACACCAGCAAGAAGCUUGGUUUUGCCUGGCUGAUCAUUACUUGAGGGGAAGAUUUCCUCAAUGACGAGCUUUGCCAUGGGGUCCUCUUGGUCAGAGGAAGGCUAUCAGUGACUUCUAGUCAUGAGGGUUCUAUACUGUCUCCAUCUACUGGUCAGGAUCCCACAGUCCCCCUCCAUCUCCAUCCUGGAGAGGAAUCCUAGGAGAGGACUCGUGGAUUUCAUGGUUAAUUUUUAAGAAGAGGAGAGGCCCAGUUCAUGCUGAGGACUGCAGCUGAGCAGGCAACACUGAACAGGCAGAGUAUCUAUCUCACUCUCUGAUCUUGCUCAAAGGCCGCUUUAUGUCUGGCCAUUAGGAGGAGGGAGAAAUCACAAAAGAAAACGGCUUGUUGCAUGAUAGAUCUGCUAAAUGAUGCAUUAGUCCCCAGAGUGACUGCUGUCCUCAAGGCAGAGACUACUGGAUGGACAAUUUAGACAGCAGAAUAAUAGCAGUAGGAACAGAGCACACUUGACUCACUGGGUAGUUCUCAUUGUGGCUUGAUCUUGGCUCUUGCCAUUUAUGAGGUUACCCAAGGGACUUCCACAGGAAAGUUGGAUGCUUUAAAAAAAAUCCCUGAUCCUUUUCAUGGGUGACUUAUUGCACAGGAUUCCCUUGGCACACUUGACUUAUCUCGGGGAUCAGGGAUGAUGGAGAAGUUCUUGUCUUGCCGCAGAAAGGGCUGAGUGGAGCAUGAGAACCAGACUCUGGUGUGGAGCCUUCUAGACUGGGCUCUGCUCAGCCUUGAAGCCAAGAACAGCUCUCUGCUCCCCAUGCUGAGGGAAGGUCUCUCCAGGUGCAGCAGCAGAAAGCAGACUCCCAAAAGAACAUGCCCAUAUUGCAGAGAGGCGGUCCUUGGGGCUCCUCUUGCUGUGCAGAAUGAAACCCCGCUCACCAGCACUGGCAAGGACACCUGUGUUAUUACCAUCCCCGGCGCAGGCUGCCAUGCAAUGCAGCUGGUGGCAAGCUCUGGCUCAGGGACAUGUUUACAAAGGGAACAGAUUCCAGCCACUUGCCCAGUUCAGUGGCUGCCCUUCAAGGUACAGCAGGCAGACCCAAAUCUGGCGUUGCAGCAUUUGGACAGGUGGCAUCCAGCUGGCAGCCCCUGCUGAAGUGUUAGGCUUUGCUAGGAGGUGUAUCCACAGCUCUCUCUGCCUCCUUCCCACCCAUUUUACAGCUUCCAGUGGUCACUUGCUGAGAUGCUGUGCCUGGGUGUGGAAAAACACACACCCCAUACCUGGAAAGGGCUGCCCUGAAUCAUUUUAUACAAUUUAAACACGAUUUGUAUUUUAUCUUUACAAUCUUCCAUAAAUUGUUAUCGUUCUAUGUUUCACGUUGAUGAAACGGAUCACAACAACAGCAAACAAAACAGUAAAGUCAUUCUAGAGCAGGGGUCGGCAAACUUUUUCUGCAGAGAGCCAGUCCACUUUCCCUCAGACCUUGUGGGGGGCGGACUAUAUUUUGGAAGGAAAAAAAAAUGAACGAAUUCCUAUGCCCCACAAAUAACCCAGAGAUGCAUUUUAAAUAAAAGCACACAUUCUACUCAUGUAAAAACACCAGGCAGGCCCACAAAUAACCCAGAGAUGCAUUUUAAAUAAAAGCACACAUUCUACUCAUGUAAAAACACCAGGCAGGCCCCACAAAUAACCCAGAAAUGCAUUUUAAAUAAAAGGACACAUUCUACUCAUGUAAAAACACACUGAUUCCUGGACCGUCCGUGGGCAGGAUUUAGAAGGCAAUUGAGCCGGAUCCGGCCCCCAGGCCUUAGUUUGCCUACCCGUGUUCUAGAGGGUCUUUACAACAAUAAACCUAUAGGGAACCACUUAGUUAAAACAAUACUGCAUUAAUAAAUUCAUAUUUUUCCCCACCUAAUUUUAAUCAUUUUCAGUUCUAUAUUACUUCUAAGACAGCCUUCCCAAUAUUUCAUUAUUACACAACAGUAUUCAAUGUGUACCGAGCAUCCAAUAAGAUUUCUUACAUGAUUGCCAUUCUAUUGCACAACUUCUUGUAAUAUGAUAUUGUCUGCAUUAAUAUUCUCGGUGGUUGUUGAGAGGUCUGAUCACAGGUGAACCUAGCUGUCUUGUCUAGCAUGUCCCAAAGCAACAGCCACCACUGCCACAUCCUCUGGUGACAAAUGCAUCAAAUCCUUUCAGGGGCUAUCUUUCAUGUGCUUGUUACAUGUAUCCCUGAGGGCAACUGGUUUGCUCCUCUGUGGCCCUGACUGUGACUCUCAAUGCAAGAGGAGGCUUGGGGAAGGCUUGGGACGGGGCAGCAGAGUCAGUGGUCAGGCAGAAGGACCCUCUACGCCCCAGGCAUCCCAGUGCCAGUUCUGUAGCUGUGGAGGGAGGGAGGUUGCUGGUUGGGCCUUGGAUGCUACAUCCAUGGCUUUUGAGGCUAAGCUCAGUGGCUCUGUCCAGCGCCCAGGAAGAGGUUCAUAGGUGGGGGCCUGCUUCUUCUUUGCCUGUAGCCCUUUCUGCUCUGGGGUGGAGUAUUGGUAAGCUAGGCAGGAUGUGUGCUGCAGGUCAUGAAAUGAAGUCCUCUAUGGACUCCUUACCUGCCCAGCAAAGGAAGCACCACAUUGCCGAAGAGAAACGUCACACGGGCUCACGGUGCAUUGUGAUUAUCAUUCUUAUUUAUUUAUAUAUAUCCAUGCAGCUUAAUUACCAAGGUGGAUUCUACAUUCAAGGUGGCAAGAAGGGAAUGCUGUGUACGCUCAGAGGCACACUGCCUCUCAGCUGCAGACCUGGCAUGAAAUGCUGAUGUGUGUGUGUGUGUGUGUGUGUGUGUGUGUGUGUGUGUUAAUGUUGCGGCUGGGCAAUGUGUUCCAGCUGCAUUAUAUUUUUGUGGUGACAUUUGGGGGUAGACCAGAGAUUCUUUCACAGCUUUCCUCCCAGCAAAAACAGCAGAUGGUGCUUUUGGUAUUUUUUGCCAACACCAUGACAGAGAGGGAAAGGGGUUGAAGUCCUGGUCCCGACUGUAGCCCUCCUUAUCCCUGGUGAUAAAAGAACUACAGUCAUACUUUGGGAGUUGAAUGGAAUCUUUUCUGGAAGUCCAUUCGACUUCCAAAACAUUCGAAAACCAAAGUGCGACUUCUGAUUGAUUGUGGAAGCCCCAUUGGACAUUCGGGUUCCAAAGAAUGUUUGCAAACUGGAACUCUCACUUCUGGGUUUGCAUUAUUCAGGAGCCAAAAUGUCCGAGUACUGUAUCAAGGUGUUUGGGAUCCAAGGUACAACUGUAUUAUUUUUUAAAACAACAACAACAACCCCACAGACACGUUAAAAGUAGUUUGGCCCUGAGUAAUCUGCAGGAUGGGGACGCGGGUGGCGCUGUGGGUUAAACCACAGAGCCUAGGACCUGCCGAUCAGAAGGUCAGAGGUUCGAAUCCCCGCGAUAGGGUGAGCUCCCGUUGCUCGGUCCCUGCUGCUGCCAACCUAGCAGUUCGAAAGCACAUCAAAGUGCAAGUAGAUAAAUAGGUACUGCUCCAGCGGGAAGGUAAACGGCGUUUCUGUGUGCUGCUCUGGUUUGCCAGAAGCGGCUUAGUCAUGCUGGCCACAUGACCCGGAAGUUGUACGCCGGCUCCCUCGGCCAAUAAAGUGAGAUGAGCGCUGCAACCCCAGAGUCGUCCGUGACUGGACCUAAUGGUCAGGGGUCCCUUUACCUUUACCUUAAUCUGCAGGAUGGAACACAAGAUUUGGCAACCUGAAGGGCACUUGAGAGAACUAUACACCCUUUGAGUGCCAGCACUACAAGGUAUGAGUUUGCUGGGUGCUUUCUGACCUGUGAAGAAAGACUCCAUUGACUGAUGGCUCUGGUGCUUCUGUUAACCUUAGCCAUAAGUUACCAAGGCAGCAAAUGGGGCUCCGUUUACAGACAGGGACAGCAUCUAUCCUCCAUACAAUAAAGGGCAAUCCCAUAUUCAGGACAACUUCCCAGGAUCAGCACCAGGGUUAAAUUUUGUUGCACAGAGUUGAGCCUGGGUUACAGAUGAGGGAGAAAUUGAUCCAGAACCUCAUAGGUAAAUCUCCCUUCCCAUUGGUGCACCAGCUGUGACCCUAUCUAGAACUGUUGGGCUUUGUCACCUUUAUUCAUGCAUUAGUGACUUCCAGCCUAGACUAUUGCAAUACACUUUAUCUGAGGCUGUCUUUGAAUAUGGUUCAGAAACCAAAACUGGUACAGGAUGCAGUUUGGGUGGGACAUAUGGGACAUAUGAUGCCUAUAUUGCACCAGUUAUCAGGCCACCAGUAUGUUUCCUGUUGGGUGGAUUUUAGAGGAUAGGAGAGGAUAUUUAAUUGCUUAUUUAUCAUCCUGCUUUUCACUUCUGCAAGAAUGCAAGUAAAAAAUCACCAUCCAUGUGCAGCUUAUCUUUAGAAGCUUCGGAGGCAAGGUUGUGCAACCUUCUAAAAAGAAUUGUUAUGUUAUCCCUGGGGUGCUUUGGCAGAUUUGGACCAUCUCCCAUCUGAGUUCCCUCUUCACAAAGAAAUCGCUUUCAGGCCUGUUUUAGGCAAAGAAGAAAAUAUAAAGUUUACUCAAGCCAAAAGACGUGCCAGAUAGAUACAGUGAUGAAAAUCAGGCAGGCAAUUAAUAAUAAUUAAAAGUUACAAGAGCCCAUUGUUCAGCUCAAAAAUGGUGUGUGUUCUUUGGAGAGAGCUUGCUGGCAACCUAUCCCAUUGUAGGUAAGAAGAAGAUUGUGUGCAGUGAGAGGAAGAAGAAUAUUAAGUUUUCUAUUGUUCCCCUCCCACCACAAAGGGGUUAUGUGACAUCAUACCCCCCUGUUUGUGACUCUCUAGCAAUUACACAGUUGUGGUCUUGGCUGCACAUUUCCCCACAUUCCUGGCCCAUUUCAAGACAUUUAGAGCCCUAAAUGUUUGGGUUCAGAUGGUUUUGGGGACUGCUCCCACCAAUGCAAUGCAGCCUGUACUUUUAAGAUCUGUUUUGGACGACCUGUUGAGAUGCUCACCUAUGAACACAAUUAGAUUGGCAGACACACAGAAUGGAGCCCUUUUGGCAAUGCCUCCCGCACCAAAUUAUGGAUUGUCAGCCUGUGACAAGGCAAGCCUAUUUGCUUGUUGGUUUUAAACAGGCUUUAAAAGCUCACUUUUUGUGCUGUUGUUCUGCUACUCUGUAUAUUUUAAGUGAUAUUUUAAGAGUUUAGCUUUAAAGGGCUUUGAGCCACUGACCUUCAAGCCCACUUGGAGGGUGACAUGUGCUGCUCUUGGGCAGUGAGUGGGCAGCUGCUCUGGAAAAGAUGGGAGGCAACUGCCAAGGGAAUUUGGUAGAGAUCUUCCCACUGUGGGGGAUGUCACAGGAUUCCUUGUCCAACACAAAAUGGGCCCAAUGAGUUGCAACAGGGUUGUGUGGGAAUGUUGUGGAUAACAGGAGAGGAUACAUUGAUUAAUAUAAUCCUUCCUAACUCGCGCUAGCAAGUUUCUUUAUAUAGCAGAGUGCAUUCCCCCCUUUACACAGCAAGAAGCUGGUUGCAGACUCAUGUGAGUCUCUUAAGACAGAAAGCAAUUCAAUCUGGCUUGCCCAGAUUGGAUAUGUUCCUGGUAAGAUCCCUUGAAUCCCUCCUAAAAGAAUAAAGACACAACAGUCUUAUUCAUAAGUAACAAAAAGAAGUUUUACUCAUGAUCAGGCAGAGCACAGGGUGAUCCCUGAAGGCAGGCUUUAGGCUUAAAGUUACAAAUAUGUACAAACAGGUUUACCCCAUAUGGGAGAUAACCUAGGGACUGCUGGCUGACAGUCAGCAGUACAGGCCAGGUGAAUCAGGAAGUACGCAGGAUGAAAAAGAAAGGAGGUGGCUACAUGACUUGGUCUUUUACUAGGUCUGGAAAGGUCCAGUGGUGGAGCAACAUGCUGCAGCCCCCGGAGCAGAGAACAGGAAGGGGUGUGGCUGGCGUAUGUCCUGGGGGCGUGGUGUGUUGCCUGCGGGGGCGUGGCACACAUCCCGGGGUUGUGCGUCCUGGAGGGGUGGCUGCAAUGGCACCCAUUCCCCCAUGGUACCCAAUGGAAAGGUCACGCCCACCUACUAGUCACAUGCAAAAGGAAGGAUGCUCCAGCCAGGUGUAACAGGAAGUUCAACAGGCUGGACCAACAUUCCCAAUGCAUGUUCACUCUAGGCAAACAGGAAAUGUUGUACUUGACUGCUCCAAAGGAUUACAUCCCACAGGUUGGAGGGUGGGCUGACUUGCUGCAGUGCUAACUGUCCUGUUGCCACACAUCUCCCAUUGGCCCUUCUUUGGUCUGACCGCCUGCUCCCCCUUUCUGCUUUCUCUCUUCCUCCUCAGCAGCCAUGGAAACGGGGCUGAUCUUUCUCUGCUCUCUGCUGGUUCCAGUGAUGCUGGUGGAUGGUAGGUAGCAGUCUUGGGUGGGUGGGGAGAACGGGUCUCAUGAAAACAGCUGCCCCAACCCACUGCUCUCUGCCUGAGGUUGCUGCCAGUGCCAUCCCUGGAGAGGCAGGAGCCACCUGAUGAGAACAGAGCAAGGCACUCGGGAGAGGUCUUUGCUUCUUGAGCCUUUAGGAGCACACACAGGUUCAUUCUGCCAUUGUUUCUCUGUGUGAUGAAAGCGUUGAGGUGAAGCAUUAUCUCCUCGGGUGACUUGGGUAUUUGUACUAUUGAAUUAAUUUUCGUGGGUAUGUAAUCAGGCUUUCAAAGCUAAAACACCUGCAAAGCAUUCACUUACAGAAAUAAAUCCUCUUGAUAUCUCUCCCGCUCCAUUGGCUACUCCCUAAGCCCCAGGUAGCAAAUGCCCCAGUUUCUCUGCCCAGAAACAUGCACACACACAUAUUAGGGGAAAUGGAUUCUCAUGUAUUUUGCUGUGGAGGGAUUCAUAUUCACGGGGCUCUUCUGUUUUUUAUUUCCAGUGACUGAUCAAGAGAAGGAAAAAGACCCCUUUAACUAUGGUGAGCAUCUUUAAGCACCCUUUCCUGUGCUGUGUGUUUCUGGGCAUUGCGGCCUGUUUGCAAACACAGCAGUGGGUGGCAUCUUCCUUUUCUCUCUCCCUCCAGACUACCAGACCCUUCGGAUCGGUGGCUUGGUUUUCGCUGUGGUCUUCUUCACUGUGGGGAUCCUCCUUAUACUGAGUGAGUCUGCAAAUUUCUCUGCGGCCCUCCCGUUUGGUAGAGUGAGGCAGCCUCCUCAGGCGGCAGAGUGAAAGGCGUCAUAAAAAGGCAACAAGCCGUCAGCUUAUUAAUGGGCUAUUGCUGCAUAUUGUGUAAUCUCAAGGAGGGGAAGGCAGACCUCUGGGAUUUUCUACCUCUGGUGCCAAAAUCAUUUGGCCACCCUUGACUGCUGUGUGAUUUGGUUUGUGGGCGCCAAAUCUACUGCACCUCAAGCAGCAAAAUGGCUUGGCCUGAACAGCGCCGCCUAAAUUUGCUGUGAGGGACAGGGCUGCUCUGAAUAUGAAAAGUUGCUGUCAGUCUAAAACACUGGCCCAAAGCCCAAGAUGUGUGGUGACAUAUGUGGAGGACACUGAGGCCCCACCUGGGGGGGGGGCACCUCUUCCCUCUCCCCUCCUCCCAUGCAGUACCUUCAGUUCCUCUACUGCAGCCUAAAUGAAACCUGCCUACUCCGGAGGCAGUUUCAGAGCCUUGCAUCCCAGCUGUGGCUCUCUUCUUCUCCCUCUUCUCUGUUGGGUAGCAAGAACGGGAGAGGAGUGGUUUGGUUCCUGCUCCUGCAGACAGAGGAUGAGCUGUUGCUCAGCUAAUGAGCUCCGAAUGUUCUCACCAGUUUCCAGAGACCUAAGAAUUCCUUAGACACACCACCAUGGGAUGAAGUGGGCUGCAGCAGCAGCACGGAGAUAGCCUGCCACUGAGGAGGGCUCUGGUGGGAACUAUGCCCAAUGAUGCUUUGGAGGGACAUCUGCCCAAUUUCCAGAGGCAACCCUUUGUUGUGGUUCUGGUUCCACAUUCAUGGCAUGCUCUUUCUUUUCCCAGGCAGAAGAUGUAGGUGCAGUUUCAACCAAAAGCCAAGGUAUGUGGCAGCAUGGGGGAUCUCAGGUUCCAUCUGGGUGACACCUCUCUCCUCAGCCCCUUCCCCACCCCCAUCCAUUCAUUACUCCUAUGAAACUUGAAAUACCAUGACAUCCUAUUCCAGGGAGCAAGGGCCACAGUGGCUGCAACCUUCUAGUUGGAUUCCUCCAGCUUAGAUCCAAGUGUGUGUUUUUUGACUGAAAUAAAAGCAGCCUUGGAAGGAGCAGCUGAAAGAAGAAGUUUUGAUCUCUCUGUUCAAAAUUCCAGACACACCAACUUAUCUUCCUUUUCCACCUCAGCCUGCAAGUCUGUUUUUCUUGCAUGGGCAACUAUGGGCCAGCAUGUCACAUCCAGUUUAGACCCAGGGAGCAAAGUUAAAAGCAUCCUUGUACUUUCCCUUAAGAUAUUUGGGGAAGAAACCAUAACUCAGUGUUCAAGCAUCUGUGUUGCAUGCAGAAAGUCUGUGGUUCAUUUCCAGGCAGCAUUUCCAGGUGGGGCUAGAAGAUGAGAUAAGCCCUUGCCUGAAAUCUUGGACAGCUGCUGCCAGUUAGUGUAGCCAACACCAUGCUUGGGAGACCAGAGAGCCAGUGUGGUGUAGUGGUUAAGAGCAGUGGACUCGUAAUCUGGUGAACCGGGUUCGAUUCUCUGCUCCUCCACAUGCAGCUGCUGGGUGCCCUUGGGCCAGUCACACUUCUUUGAAGUCACUCAGCCUCACUCACCUCACAGAGUGUUUGUUGUGGGGGAGGAAGGGAAAGGAGAAUGUUAGCUGCUUUGAGACUCCUUAGGGUAGUGAUAAAGUGGGAUAUCAAAUCCAAAUCCAAAAUCCAAAUCCAAACCAAUGGCCUGACUCUGUAUAAAGGUAGCUUCAGGUGUCUCUGUAGGAGUUGCCUUGACAGCUGAUGGCCUUGAGAUUCAGGCAGAUGGGAAGUGUCCCUCUUAGGUGUCUUUAAAUUGUAAAUGUACUGUAAUUAUAGAUUCCCAAGAUGGAAAAAUACAUGAGAACAGUCUUUACAGAACUGUGGCCAGAAACACCAGCCAUUCACGGGCCCCUGCCUGCUCCCCUAAUCCCAGCUGGGGCAAGAGGCAAUUUGACCAUUUCACUGCACUCUCUGUCUUUCUUUGCAGGGCUCCUGGAGAUGAGGAGGCACAGGGGGAGAAUUUGAUUGCCUCAAAUGGUAAGGGCUUUUCAUACUUGCUGUGCAGAAGCUUCCUGAGGGUCCCUCCUCCUUCUGUGUGGGGAAGAGCCUCCUGGCACCUGACCAAGGGUGCUUUUGAAGGAGUGCUUCAGAUACGCUCUGAAUUCCUGACUCUGCCUGCAGUCUGUGUGCUCAAAUGUUUCUUUUGUGCGUAGAAGUCUUGGCUUCAAGAGGAAGCAGCCAGGAUGCUUUGUGCGACAGCAGUGCUGGUUUGCAGAAGCAGACAGACCACUUUAACUGCAUGGCCAAUUUUCUAGGAACUCUUGGUUGAAUGGGAAAUAGUUUCUCCCUGCUUGGCGUUUGGGAUGUCUUCAAAAACUCUCGUGUCCCUUUUGUCUGGCAGUGGGAGGUGCCAGACCAAAAGGAGUGGGUGGUCAGAUAUUGUGUUCCCCCACAGCAGCUUACUUGAGUGCUCCUUACAAGGAGAAAAUGUACAUGGAGGAGUCAGGGACAUUUUUCAGAUGGUCUUUUUUCUUUUCUUUUCUGCAGCAACAGGAGCACAAAAAGCAGAGAACUGA